AUGAACCCGUCCUCGGUCCUGGUGCCAAAGGCCACGGCUAUUCCCGGCUGUAUCCUGCGCACCUCGCGACAAUGCUCGAAACAUAACCAGACAGUCAAUGCUUGGUCGUCCCCUUCGGCGCGUCAAUACCAUGUCACCACCAUUCACUCGCCUGUCAGGCGUCGAAGGGACAGCUUUUUCACGAAGAAACGCCCAGAUUUCAUCACCACUAGGACUUUUCAUGUCACGAAUGUCCUUGCGAUUGCCGACCCGUACAAGGUUCUAGGAGUGGACAAAGGCGCCUCCGCGGGCGACAUCAAAAAGGCCUACUAUGGAAUGGCGAAAAAGUAUCACCCGGAUACCAACAAAGACCCAGACGCCAAGGAGAAAUUUGCAGAGGCUCAGUCGGCAUAUGAGUUGCUUUCGGAUCAGAAGAAACGCGAGACGUACGAUCGAUUUGGUUCCGCUGCAUUUGAUCAGAGUGGUGGCUUCGACCCCAGCGGCGGCGCGGGUCCAGGAGGUCCUUUCGCUGGUGGUGGUUUUGGUGGUGGAUUCGGCGGAGGGUUUGGCGGGGGCUUCCCUGGCGGCUUUGCGGCGGAUAUCAAUUUCGAAGAUCUGUUCGGGGCUUUUGCGGGUGGUGCUCGCCGUGCUGGACGUGGCAGGCGCGGUCCUUUCCAGGAGGUACUGGUCGGCGAAGAUAUUGAGGUUCAGACGAAUAUCUCCUUUAUGGAGGCGGCAAAAGGCACAUCUCAGGACGUCGUGAUCACUCCUCUGAAAGAGUGCGGCUCUUGCAAGGGAGACGGUCUCAAACCAGGCGCAAAGCGUACGCAAUGUCGCCAAUGCAAUGGUUCCGGUACUCGAGUACAUUUCAUGCAGGGAGGCUUCCAGGUGGCUGCCACUUGCGAUGCUUGUGGAGGAGCGGGUCUCAUCGUGCCUCGGGGCUCGGAGUGCGGUUCCUGCAAUGGAAACGGUGUGGUCCGCGACCGAAAGACUGUUCGUGUUGAUAUACCCGGAGGUGUGGAAGAUGGUAUGCGAUUGAGGAUAUCAGGCGAGGGCGACGAACCUCCAAGGGGAAUUUCGGCUGCGCCUGGCGCGCGAACGCAGCGCGGUGAUCUUUACGUAUCGAUCCGUGUUUCUCCUGACGACCGGUUCAGUCGCUCCGGAUCCGACAUUUUAUACACGGCCACGAUUCCUCUUACCACAGCACUACUCGGUGGUGAAGUGACAGUCCCAACCCUCGAUGGACAGGUCAAGGUCAAGGUUGCGACAGGAACCGGAACUGGGGAUCGCAUCACACUUUCAGGAAUGGGCAUGAAGAAGCUGGGCGGCCGGUCUAGAAACUUCACCCCAACUGGUGAUCUAAGGGUCGAGUUCAAGGUCGCCAUGCCCAAAUAUUUGACCAGUAACCAGCGCACAAUUCUUGAAGUCCUCGCCGAUGAGAUGGGCGACAAGACCGCUCGGCGGAUUAUGGACAUUCCACGGGAAGGGCCUCCUCCAUCAUCCGAUGGGCCAUCCGGAGAAGCUUCCAAGAACGAAGGGUUCCUCAAAUCCGCAUGGCACAAACUCAUGAACCACAAGAAGCCGGCUGACUCUAAACCUUCGCAGGGAGCUUCGACAAAAGAAGACUCCAGCGCCAAAACUGACAAGACUAAGAGCGACAGCACUGAGAGCGACAAUGACAAGAAGUCCGACUCGACGUAG